GGAGGAGCACGCACGGAGGCGGGGACGGAAGGCUGCAUCUCGGAGAAGAGCGACGGCGCAGGAGGUGUCCUUCCCAUGGCGAGGCUGAGCGAGCUGGCGACGAAGGAGGAGCUAGUCGGUCUCAGGGGAAAGAUGAGCGCCCAUCUGCCGCUCUCCGUUGGGGUCCACGGUUUCCUCGACGUCAUCCUCAAGUGCCAAGUGCUUCCCUUCGGCGACAGCAGAGUCUACGCCCCGGCGGGGAAGGAGGCGCCGACGCUGGCAGUGGUGGCCCCUUCGUGCUCGCAGAGGCACAUCCAGAGCAUGACGAUAUUCUGGGACGCGGACGAAGAGGACGACGGAGAAGUGGUCCGACUGCUGAAGACGCUGCCUGGCUGGGACUGGUCGGCUCCCGCUUAUUACAGAGUGACUCCCCUUCCCGUGUUCACGAAGUUACAAGCAUUCUUUAAAAACGGGAGGCUUGGCAAUGGUGAGAUGUGGUGCCAUGUGAUGCUUGAAGGACCUCUUUUCACCAUCGAAGAUUCGGAUAUUCGACAGCCUACAAUUCCAGAAGGAUUUGUCCUGGACAGCCUCCGGGCCGACGAUGUCUCCGCGGUGCUCUCCCCGUGGCACUACAGAUGGACCGAAUCCCAAGGCGGCCUCGAGUACCUGUUGGCCAAGCUGCCGUCCGUCGCUAUCCGCCGUCGACAGGCACAGGAGGCUGAGGCUGAAGCUCCAACUUUAGGCCAUCUCGUGUCGUGGUGCUUCUUGCACAACCUUUGCUUCUUGGCCAACACCUUCACCAUCCCUGAGCACCGUCGUCAGGGCUUCGGCACGGCGGUGGCGCUCGCCAUGGCUCAGAAGCUCCGUCAGAAGGACAUCCCUGUGCGAUCGGUGGUCGAGCGCUCCAACGCCGCCUCGAUCCGUUACCACGAAAACCUCGGCUUCAGAAGGCAGUGCGACAUGGUGCUCUUCAUCAUGCUCCCGCUGGGAAAAACUCUCGAGGAUUUCAUCUCCAAAGAAAGCGACUAAACCAUAAGAUAUAUUACUCCAUAAGACGUAUUACUCAGGCAUAAACCAAAUCGUGACGAGAAUUUCAACACAUGUGGGUAAUCAAUGAUAAUUAUAACUGUGAUAACAGCUGUAACAAUUCAACAUCAACAACAAUAAUGAUAACAUAAUGAUAAGGAUAAUGAUAAUAAUGAUAACGACGAUAAUGAUAAUAAUAAUGAUAACGA